AGAAGUCUGUCCGCAUAGCUCUGCCAUAUGAAGUUUCUCAAUACGUUUGCUUGGAAAUUGUAUUUCGGAGAGACACGGUAGUGGGGAUAUCUGUCCUUUAGAGGAGCAUUGCUUUAGAAAGCCAAACAUUUUAAUUCUGCGUCCUUUGCUAUAGAGCAUCAUUAUUGGGCAAUAUGUCUAUAUCCAAAGGAAACCACUAGUAACGGUUCCUGCGGAAAUCUGGGGUUUAGUUCACCUCCUGAGCGGAAUAGCGAACUUUUCCUCUCCAUUAAUGAGGCAUUGGAUUAUUUAGACGGGAACACGCGAAUCAUGGUGCGACAAACUCUGGAUACGAUUUGGGAUUUUUAAGCUUUCAGAACGUUUAGAACAGCAUCGGUAUUUGAACAGGAAACAGCAGAAUACAGUGUAUUUGGAGGGAACAUAUGACAACAGGAGCGGCACACUAUCACGCGCACUGAUUCCCAGAAAAACCAAGAUGUAUAUCUCUAUUUACGGCUUUCUGCUCUUUUUAGGUGAGCUAGUGCUCUGCAUGUCGGGCUCUUCCACUCUGUCUGAGUCUGGACACCAGGAUUCAAUGGACUGUUUAAGGGCCACCGAGAAGUGUAACCAGGACCAAAAAUGCAGCCAUCGCUUCAGGAUCAUGAGGCAGUGUUUGGCAGGCAAGGACAGGAACACCAUGCUGGCCAAUAGGGAUUGCCAGGUAGCUUUGGAAGUGUUACAAGAAAUGUCCCUGUUUGACUGCCGCUGCAAGAGGGGCAUGAAGAAGGAAAUGCAGUGUCUGCAGAGUUACUGGAGCAUCAACAUAGGCCUGACUGAAGGUGAAGACUUUUACGAGCCAUCUCCUUAUGAACCUAUGAUGCCUCACCGUCAUUCAGAUGCAUUUCGCUUGGCAUCAAUCAUCUCAGGUAUACAUUCUGGCACAGGUAAAGGCCAGCCUCACUGCUCAGAUUCCAGCCGUCCGUGUAAUCCCUGCCUGGAUGCCACCAAAGCCUGCAACCUGAAUGAAAACUGCAAGCGUCAGCGCUCCAACUACAUCUCCACCUGCACCCGUUCACAGGCACAGGGCCAGCAGCCAUUACAAACUCAACCUCAGUUACAAGAAAGCUGUAACAGAAAACGCUGCCACAAAGCAUUGCGUCAGUUCUUUGAGCGUAUUGACACGCAGUACAGCUACGGGCUGCUGUUCUGCUCUUGCAAGGACCAGGCCUGUGCUGAGAGGAGGAGACAGGUCAUUGUACCCAACUGCUCAUACCAGGACAAGAGCAAACCCAACUGCCUUCAGCUGCGGAACACCUGCCGCCUGGAUGUACACUGCAGGUCACGGCUGGCUGAUUUCCACACAAACUGUCAGAUGACCCCUCACUCCAUCAGCAGCUGUCUCAACGAUGACUAUCAGGCCUGCCUCGCAUCUUACACCAGACUCAUUGGUACAGACAUGACUCCUAACUAUGUGGACUCAGGUCACUCAAACUUCACCAUCUCCCCUUGGUGUACCUGCCGAGGCAGUGGGAAUCAGGAGGAGGAGUGUGAGAAAUUUCUGCAGGACUUUAGAGAAAACACCUGCCUUCGAAAUGCUAUCCAGGCAUUUGGAUAUGGGUCGCUACCCAAGCCUGAUCCUCAGCCAACCACUGGCACUGUGAAACCAGACCUUGAACCGAAUGCUUAUGUUCCCAAAACAACUUUUGAACCAGUGGAGGAGCCCUGCAUCAUUUCUUCCUGUGCAAAUUUGAAUGAACUUGGAGAGGAUUGCUAUGCUUCAAAAGACUACAUCUGUGAAAGUGAGGUUCCUGGCAGUCCACCCAACACGAGGGUAGAGGAUCUGAGAAAUUCAAAUCCUGCCACAAAAGUCCUAACUGAAGUUUUGAUGCUCUGCCUGAUGUUUGCUCUCAGAAACCUCACUAUAUAGUGAGCAGCACAGUGAGGACAAGGCUGAUGGAAACCCCUUCAUAAUCAUCUUCAGACCAAACUCACACCUCUCUCCUGUUUACUGCAGCUUUCUUUCUUUAAAAUAAACACCAGAGAGACAACGCAGUAACACAUAUCGAAAAGACUGCUUUAUUCUUGCCAUGGCAGAAUGAGAAAGAAUGAAUGAGCAAAGAAAGGGGAUAUUGCUCUCUUUGUCUCUUGAUUCCAAAGUGAAGACCUGUUAGGUGUACUGCUAGCUCUUUCUCUUAUUGCUGAUUGGUAAACAAACUAAUGACCAAGGCACAGAGCUUUCCAUUCUACUGUUCGGCUUCCUGCCGCCCACACUGCCCAUCAAAGGGCGUCUCGCAGCACCCAUCAGGCCUGAAUUACCCGUUGUCUGGCACUGGAUUACACCAUAGUUGAGAGGCAUUCUCCAUCCCAGCCCACUGCCCAUUUAUUGGAUUCUUUUUUUUUGGUUCCGUCUUUCUUUCUUCCUUUGUCCAUCAGUCAAACUGGAAUAAUUAUUUUCCUGUGGUUCUUUAAAAUGUGAAGUGUUUGAAGUUUAAAUAUGUACCCUGUCGACACAGCGCGAUGUGGGUGUCAUGGGUGACAGUUCUCUUAGUCACAUUUUGUACUUAGUUUGACAGAUUUGAGAAAGAACAGAAGAGAUUGUUGAAAGUUAAUGAAAAUGUACCUGUUGAUCAACCAGAGAGGCACAUUUUAACCAAAAUAUUAUCUGUAGAUCUACAUGGGUUUAUGGUAUCGAUGGGCUACCCACACUUGUAUAAUUUUGUCUGUGAAUAUGAUUUUUUUUUUUUUUUUUCAAAAGUAUAGCUGUUAAUUAUUAUGUAUUGUCUUUAAGUGAAAGAUGAUGAGGCUCAAGGCAACUCUAGAAUUCUAGAGACUAAAAUGAGAUGAGAAGAGCAGUGGGAGUGACAAGAAUGGCAUAGCUGAGGAAGAACUGGAGGUGCCCAUACCACCAAUCAUUAAUGGUCAUUACAUAAUCUCUCUGAUUGAAAAAGUUAGAAACAAGAAAACUCUUUGGGACAUUAAUUGUUAGGUGAACCAUUGUGUGCAAUUUAUGAUGUGGCCUUACUCUUGGUUUCCCAUCUUCAUUUAUUUUCGCUGUGGUAACAUGCUGAAUGGAGAAUGACAGUUCGAAGAACAUUUGAUGCAGAGCUUUGAUGUUUGCAAUGUUUCUAAAAAAAAAGUAUCUUCACCCCAAUUCAGAUUCAGUAAAUGUACUAGAUAUGACACUUUUAUCAACAUUUCAAAUACUGAAGUUAAGAACAAACAGGCAUCUCACUAUAUAUAAAUGUAAAAUAAAAAAUGGCAAAGAUUUACAUAUUGUGCUUGUUACAUACAUAACAUUGCAGCAAAUAAAAUGAUAAGUAUGAAUAUACUUUGUGUAAAUAUGACACUAAUGGGAAAUGGGACACUGGUAAAUUCAUUAAAGAUAUGUUGUAUCAGUGACAAUCCAUUUGUGUAAUCAGAUUAAACAUAGUUUGAAAAGAUCUUGCAAUUUUUUUUCCACUAAAAGAUGAUUCAGUACUUUAUAGUAAAAAUGAGAUUAGUAUAAAAUGAGUACUCUGCAGCUGAGAUUACAUUGUAAAACACAGCUCUAUUUUGACACAUGCUGAACAAGAAUGUUUCUCAUUUCUUUAACCCGAUUCAAUUGUUUGAACAAAGCCUGAGGUGUGAAGGCUCUUACAAUUGUUCUUUUCACUUGUUGUGCUGUGUUAACAUCUGGAUUAUAUAUAAACAUACAGUAUAUUUUUGAAGUAUUCAGCCUUUUUGAAGAAAAUAUAUUAUAAGGGAAGUCAUUGCUUUCAAAAAAUGGUUUGUCAUUGCUGAGCGAAUAAGAGAUUCAAAUUGAAAGAAAACAUUUAUGAAAAUGUCACUAGUUUGACAUUGUGAUCCUUGCUUUAAAAUAAUGUGCUGUCACAUUACAUGGACACAUGUGCAGGUGAAUAAACUGUAUAUAAAAAAAAAUAAACCAUUCAUGCAAAUUCUCUGCAAGGUUUCAGAACACAUUUAGUGCUGCAGCCUUUCAUAAAAUAACAACAAAAAACAAAGAGAUUCUCAAUGAUCUCAAUGUACCGAACUGAAAAGCAACUGCCGUAUAGUCCCAAAUAAAGUGCUGAAAUAUGUAAUUCUGGUAUUUGGAUAGUGUUGUGGCUGGUGGAUCCUGAAAUGUGUGUGUGUGUGUGUGUGUGUGUGUGUGUGUGGUUUGGAUUUGGUGGUUUAAGAGGAUUAUUUUUUUAGGUUAUACACUAGUAAUUACAAGGGUAUUAUGCUAUGAAUGUGGUUUGUGAGGAAAUUUCUAGUGUCUCCAUAAUUCAAACUGCUCAAAAACAUACAAAACAAUGUUUUUUUGAAAAUUAAAAAAUGCCAAAAGGUUUCUGUGAGGGUUAAGUGUGUGGGGGGGUGGGGGGUAAUUACAAGGGUAUUAUGCUAUAAAUAUGGUUUAUGAGGACAUUUCUAGUGUCCCCAUAAUUCAAAUAGCUUAAAAACAUAACUAAACUAUGUCUUUUUUCUUUUUUUCUUUUUUAAAUGUAAAAAUGCAGAAACAUUUUUGUGAGGGUUAGGUUAAGGACAGAAUCUAUAGUUCAUCCAUUAUAAAAAUCAUCAUGUGUAUGGAGAGUCCUCUUAAGUAUAGCUGCACCGACAUGUGUGUGUGUGUGUGUGUGUGUGUGUGUGUGUGUGUGUGUGUGUGUGUGUGUGUGUGUGUGUGUGUGUGUGUGUAUGUGUGUGGAAUGACAACUGUAGGUUUUAAAUGCAAGAGCGCACAUUGUAAACAAAGACAUUAUGAAAAAAGUAGCAUUUCACAGAGAUAUUUAAUGGAGCUUUUGCUGUGUCACAUGACUUUGAUAAAAACAUUGUGAUUUGAUCACCUUUGGAAUUAACAGAUUUCUUCAUCAUAUCAUCAUUGCUUUGAUGUAAGGGUCACCUCCCUUUGUAGACUGCUGUGAGGUCCAGAUAUGCUAAUGCUGUGUUUGUUUCCUGAUCAAU